CGCUGAUUGCUGGAGAAGAUCCACAGAGACUCCUGGCCCCGGCUGAACAGAACUGACUCCCUACACCGGUUAGCGCGUGAAAUCGAGGAGCCCCGUGCGUGUCCCGCUGAGACGAGAGGAAAGAAUGGAUCUUGCUAGGGAAACGCUAUGCAACGGCAUUUAUCCCAGUAUCCCUGGACACCCCGAGGGAGCCAAGCCAGAUAACAGCCGUGGCUGCCAGCACAGGAAACAGGUGGCAUGUACAGUCGCACUGGCGGUUGUACUUGUCGGUCUCAUUGUUGCCAUUGCGGUUCUGUCAGUGCUAGUAUCUAAAGCCUUGCCCCGGUUCAUGCCCUGGUGCCCGGACGGCUGGCUCGGAUACCAAGGGAAGUGCUACUAUUUCUCCGAGGCUGAACUGAGCUGGAACGACAGCCGGACGAACUGCUCUGUGUUCGGCGCGUCGCUGGCUGCGAUUGACAGCGAGCAGCAGCUGGCUUUCAUGAUGCGAUACAAAGGCAUCUCCGAGCAUUGGAUCGGCCUCUGGAAAGAGCAGGAGGGGAAGCAGUGGAAGUGGGUGAAUGGGUCUGAUUUCGACAGCCCGUGAGUCUUUCUUUUCGGUCUGUUUUGGUGGCUGUGGUGCUGAAUCGAGACAGAGCCAAGUUUUGCCAUG